UCUCCUCCGACUCCACGCUUCCAGCUGGCCGAGCCCAGAGCCCGGCUUCUGCCUCCCGCGGUGCAGCAUCGAGGCGUCCCACGUGGGAAUCCUGCUUCUCUACUCCCUAGUCGCAUUGGGACGCUCAGGCAUAUGCUGCAUGAGCUCCCACCAUGGAGAAACUUCGUGGGCAUUUUUAUGGCAACCCAACUAUCCUCUCCUUGGAGAACCGGUGCUUGGCCACACUACCUGAUGUGAACACCAGAGAGAAGUGCUCUGGGCCUGUGGCUGCCCAUUCAGACACCCUUUCCUUGGAGAACCGAUGCCUGGCCCUCCUCCCGAGUCUCCAGAGCACUAUGUCUGCCAGCCCCUUGCUCCAGCAUCUCCAGAUACCUCACCUGGCGAGGACUGAUCUGUGUAGCUUGAAUGUCAACAGUAAACUCUUCUCUGAGUCUUUCCCCUGGAGGGAUCAAUGCCUCUCUUCAGGACAAGAGCUUCUAACCUUCUCCAGGACCACGGAAUCUACCUCUGCCACAAAGAGUACUCCAGAAGCAACUUUGGGUCAUUGGUCCCUUUCUGAAGAAGCGAAAAAGACAGAAACAGCAAAAGGAGAAGAGGCUCAAAUGCCUUUUUACCAUCUAAGCUUGGGAGAGGACGCCGAGAGGAAGGAGCUGGCCCUGAAGCUCUCAUCUGAAGACUCCAAACUUCCUCUUGAGCCCAAAGACCAGACCCUUCAGGAGAAGAAGAUGCUGCUAAUAAGUUUCCUGUGCUGUAGCCUGGUGUCGAAUGGAACCAUGAAAACAGGAAGUAACUCUUUCCAGACUUCCCUCCUUGAGAUCUGUAGGAAACUUGCCCCCUUGGAACCUGAGUUUAUCCUCAAGGCGGCUUUGUACACCAGGCAGGAGUUGAAUAUGCGGGAUCCAGCCAACCAUCUGUUGGCCAUUGCCGCCUUCUUGCCAGCCUGUCGCCCCCACCUGCGAAGAUAUUUCUGUGCUGUUGUCCAGCUGCCUUCGGACUGGAUCCAGGUGGCUGCUUUCUACCAGAGACUGUCGGAGGAACAGGCGAGCAAGCCAUUGUCCCUGCCUGCCUGCCUGCGCGCUGCAAUGACGGACAAAUUCGCCCAGUUUGACGAGUACCAGCUGGCCAAGUACAACCCCCGGAAGCACCGGGCCAAGAAGCGGCCCCCAAAGCCCCCACGCCCUCCAAAGUCUGGCCGUCCAUUUUCUGAGACCCAGCGCUGUUUACCAAGGUUCCUUCGAUCUCUAACAGAGGAGCAGAAGAAGUUUGAGGCAGCCUACAAUGCAGUGCCAGAGAAACACCAGCCAAGGUUCACCCUCAAGAAGCUGGUACAGCGACUGCACAUCCGGGAGCCUGCCCAGCAUGUCCAAGCGCUGCUGGGCUACAGAUACCCCUCCAACAUACAGCUGUUUUCUCAAAGUCACCUCCCCGGGCCAUGGGAUUCUAGCAAAGCUGGGAAACGGAUGAAGCUCCCUCGGCCGGAGACCUGGGAGCGAGAGCUGAGCCUGCGGGGGAACAAGGCUUCUGUCUGGGAAGAGCUCAUCGACAGCGGGAAGCUUCCCUUCAUGGCCAUGCUGCGGAACCUCUGCAGCCUGCUGCGCGUUGGGAUCAGUGCCCAACACCACGAACUCAUUCUCCAGCGACUCCAGCACCCGAAAUCAGUGAUCCACAGUCGGCAGUUUCCAUUCAGAUUCCUUAAUGCCCACGAUUCCAUCGAUAAACUUGAGGUUGAACUCAGGGAUAAAGCAUCCCCAUUUCCUUCGAACACACAACUGAUGGGAAAACUCAUGAUUCGAAUCUCAAAAUGUGCCCGCACAUACGUUGCUCGGGGGCAGCUUAUGAACCUAAAACGCCGGGAACUUCGAACAGCGAUGAUGGUGCCUAUGAUAUAUGAGCAGUUCAAGCGGGAGAAGGCCAGACUACACAAGGUCAGACAGCGGACAUAUGAUGGCGUGAUGCUGGCUCGGUACAAGCAGGCCCUGGAGACAGCCGUGAACCUGUCCGUGCAGCACAGCCUGCCCCCGUUGCCAGGCCGCACCCUCCUGAUCUACCUGACUGAUUCGAAUGCAGACAAACUCUUCCCCAAGAGAAACUCAGAAGGGCCCCCUCUGAACUAUGUGCUGCUGUUGAUUGGAAUGAUGAUCGCUCGGGCGGAGCAGGCAGACCUCUUGCUGUGUGGCGGAGGCACUUUGAAGACAGCGGUGCUGAAGGCCGAGCAAGGGAUCCUGAAGACUGCCAUUGAGCUCCAGGCUCAAGUUCAGGAGUUGGAAGAGAAUGAGGAGUGGUCUGUGGAUACUUUGGGAAAGUACCUGCUGUCACUGGCUGUCCAAAGGGUCCCUAUGGAUAGGGUCAUCGUUUUUGGCCAAGAUACAAAUCACAAAUGGGUAAAUGCAGCUAAACAGCUUAUCUGGCGACAUGUGAAUUCCAAGUGCCUUUUUGUUGGUGUUGACCUGCGUGGGCGCCCAUACUGGUUACCAGAUGCGAACCCCAAUGAUGUGACACUCACAGGCUGUACUGAUGGGAUACUAAAGUUCAUUGCACAGCGCGGGGCCUCCCGUCUUCUAGAACAUGUGGGCCAGAUGGACAGAAUCUUCAAGAUCCCACCCCCGCCAGGACAGGCAGGGCUCCUGCCUCUCAGGCCGCUGGAAGAGAACACUCCAAGCCCCGUGGCUCCUGUUUCCCAGCACGGAUGGCGCAGCAUCCGCCUCUUCAUCUCGUCCACGUUCCGGGACAUGCACGGGGAGCGCGACCUGCUGCUGAGGAUGGUGCUGCCGGCCCUGCAGGCCCGCACAGCGCCCCACCGCCUCAGUCUGCACGCCAUCGACCUGCGCUGGGGCGUCACCGAGGAGGAGACCCGGAGGAACAGACAGCUGGAAGUGUGCCUCCGGGAGGUGGAGAACUCGCAGCUGUUCGUGGGGGUGCUGGGCUCGCGCUAUGGCUACAUCCCCCCCAGCUACAGCCUGCCUGACCAGCCGCACUUCCAGUGGGCCCGGCAGUACCCGCCAGGGCGCUCGGUGACGGAGAUGGAAGUGAUGCAGUUCCUGAACCGAAGCCAGACCUCUGUCCCAGCGCUCAUCUACUUCCGGGAUCCCAGCUUCCUCAGGUGUGUGCCAGAAACCUGGAAAUCCGACUUUAUCCCUGAGUCUAAAGAGGCUGCACAUCGGAUCACAGAACUGAAGAGCCACCUGAGCAAACAGAGCGAGGUCACCUGCCGCAGAUACUCUUGUGAGUGGGGGGGUGUAGCAGCUGGCCGACCCUAUGUUGGGGGACUCGAGGAGUUUGGGAAGCUGGUUCUGCAGGAUGUGUGGAAUAUGAUUCAGGAGCUUUACCUACAGCCCGGGUCCCAGCUGGAGCAGCCAGUGUCCACCCCUGAUGACGACUCGGUCCAGGCCACCUUCCAGCAGCUGCAGAGCCCACCCAGUUCUGCCCGGCCACGCCUGCUUCAGGACACAGUGCAGCAGUUGAUGCAGCACCGGGGGAGGCUAAGCCUGGUGCUCGGGCAGCCAGGGCAGGGCAAGACCGCCUUCUUGGCAUCCCUUGUGUCAGCCCUGCAGACUCCCGACGGGACCAGAGUGGCCCCCCUGGUCUUCUUCCACUUUUCAGGUGCCCGGCCUGACCAGUGUCUUGCUCUGACCCUGCUCAGACGUCUCUGUACCUAUCUGCAUAGCCAUCUGCAAGAGUCCAGCGCCCUCCCCAAUACCUACCGAGGGCUGGUCUGGGAGCUACAGCAGAGGCUGCUGCCUGAGUGUGCUCAGUCCCUGCACGCCGGCCAGAGCCUGGUGCUGAUCAUCGAUGGGGCGGACAGGCUGGUGGACCAGAACAGGCAGCUGAUCUCAGACUGGAUCCCGAAGUCCCUGCCUCGGAGGGUACACCUGGUGCUGAGCGUGUCUAGUGACACGAGCCUGGGGCAGAGCCUGGAGCAGAGCCAAGGUGCCCACCUGAUAGCUCUGGGGCCCCUGGAACCAUCUGCCCGGAGCCGGAUGGUGAGAGAGGAGCUGGCUCUCUAUGGGAAGCGGCUGGAGGAGUCAGCUUUCAACAACCAGAUGCGCCUACUGCUGGUGAAACGUGGGUCAGCCCUGCCACUCUACCUGCGCUUGGUCACCGAUCACCUGAGGCUCUUCACACUCUAUGAGCAGGUGUCUGAGAGACUCCGGACACUGCCCGCCACUGUCCCCCUGCUGCUGCAGCACAUCCUGAACACCCUGGAGCAAGAGCAUGGCCCUGAAGUCCUUCCUCGAGCCUUGGCCGCCCUAGAGGUCACACGCAGUGGUCUGACUGUGGACCAGCUGCAUGGCGUGCUGAGUGCAUGGAGGACACUGCCCAAGGAGGGCAUGACCUGGGAAGAAGCAAUGGCUACCAGCAACAGUGGGAACCCCUACCCCAUGGGCCCGUUUGCCUACCUCGUCCAGAGUCUGCGAAGCUUACUAGGGGAGGGUCCCCUGGAGCGUUCAGGCGCCCAGCUCUGCCUCCCCGACGGGCCCCUGAGAACAGCAGCGCAACGUCGCUACCGGAAGAGGGUGGGGCUGGGGAGCACAGCUCACCUCCUCAUUGCAGCUCAGCUCUGGAAGGCCUGUGACCACGAUGCCUCAGGCACCUUCCGAAGUUGCCCUCCUGAGGCUCUGGGAGACCUGCCUCACCACCUGCUCCAGAGCGGGAACCGUGGCCUUCUUGCAAAGUUCCUCAGCAACCUCCACGUGGUGGCCGCACACCUGGAGCUGGGUCUGGUCUCCCGGCUCCUGGAGGCGCAUGCCCUCUAUGUUUCGUCUGCCCCCAAAGGAGAGCAGGAGCUCCCUGAUGCUGAUGUUAGUGUGUUUCGUGCCUUCCUGAGGCAGCAGGCCCCGGUCCUCAGCCAGUACCCACUCCUCCUAUACCAGCAGGCGGCCAACCAGCCUCCCGACUCGCCUGUCUGUGGGCAAGCCCCACAGCUCUCCCAGCGGUGGCAGCUCCCCCAGGCAUUGCGGUGGCUUAAUAAGCCUCAGACCAUGGGCGGCCGGCAGAGCCCUGGGCUGUCUCUGCCGCUUUCCUCGUCCCCUACAGCCGUGGCCUUCUCCCCCAGUGGGCGAAGAGCAGCUGUGGGUACUGCCAAUGGGACUGUUUACCUGUUGGACCUGAACUCCUGGCAGGAGGAGAAGGCGGUGGUGAGUGGCUGUGAUGGGAUCUCGUCCUGCCUGUUCCUCUCAGACACCUCCAUCUUUCUCACUGCCUUUGACGGGCUCCUGGAGCUCUGGGACCUGCAGCACGGGUGUCGGGUGCUCCAGACCAAGGCUCACCAGCACCAAAUCACGGGCUGCUGCCUGAGUCCAGACCGCCGGCUGUUCGCCACGGUGUGCUUGGGAGGGUGCCUCAAGCUGUGGGACACAGUCCGAGGGCAGCUGGCCUCCCAGCACACCUGCCCUAAGCCCCUCAACUGCAUUGCCUUCCACCCAGAUGGGCACGUGAUUGCCACAGGCAGCUGGGCUGGCAGCUGCAGGUUUUUCAAAGCAGAUGGGCUCAAAGUCACCAAGGAACUAGGGGCCCCGGGAGCCUCUGUCCGUACCCUGGCCUUCAACGUGUCCGGGCAGGUUGUGGCUGUAGGCCGGCUGGAUAGGAUGGUGGAGCUGUGGGCCUGGCAAGAGGGGGCUCGACUGGCUGCCUUCCCUGCCCACCAAGGCACUGUUGCUGGCACUCUUUUCCUGCGUGCUGGGAGCCAGUUGGUGACGGCCGGAGAGGAUGGCAAGGUCCAGGUGUGGUCAGGGUCUCUGGGCAGGCCCCGUGGGUGCCUGGGCUCCCCUUCUCUCUCUCCUGCCCUGGCUGUGGCUCUCAGCCCAGAUGGCAAUCGGGUGGCUGUUGGGUACCGAGCUGAUGGCAUUAAGAUCUACAGAAUUGCUUCAGGCUCCCAGCAGGUCCAGUGUCAAGCACUCCGCGUGGCGGUGUCUGCGCUGGCCUGGCUCGGCCAUGAGGUUCUGGUGAGUGGCGCUGAAGACGGGUCCCUGCAGGGAUGGGCUCUCAGGAACAGCUCCCUCCAGCUGCUCUGGCUCCUGUCCGUACACCAGAAGCCUGUGCUGGGCCUGGCUACUUCCCAAGACCUCUUGGCAUCUGUCUCAGAGGAUUUCACCGUGCGGCUAUGGCCCAGGGAACCCCUGACCCAGUCACCAAAGGCAGGUGGAUUUCCUGGUGCCACUGAACUCCGAGGACACGAGGGUCCUGUAACCUGCUGUAGCUUCAGCACAGAUGGAGGCAGCCUGGCCACUGGAGGCAGAGAUCGGAACCUCCUAUGCUGGGACGUGAGGGCCCCCGGGGCACCCAUUCUGACUCGGUCCUUCUCUGCCUGCCACCGUGAUUGGGUCACUGGCUGUGCCUGGACCAAAGACAACAAGCUGGUCUCCUGCUCCAAUGAUGGCUCUGUGGGGCUGUGGGACCCUGGGUCAGGACAACGGCUUGGCCAGUUCCUGGGCCAUCAGCAUGCCGUGAGCGCAGUGGCAGCCAUGGAGGAACAUGUGGUGUCUGUGGGCCGGGAUGGGACCCUGAAAGUGUGGGACCAUCAGGGCGUGGAGCUGACAAGCAUCCCCGCACACUCAGGACCCAUCAGCCAGUGUGCAGCUGCCCAGGAGCCACGUGCAGAUGGCCAGCCCGGGUCAGAGCUUCUGGUGGUGACUGUUGGACUGGAUGGAACCACCAGGUUGUGGCAUCCUCUCUUGGUGUCUCAGACACACACCCUCCUGGGACACAGUGGUCCAGUCAGUGCAGCUGCUGUCUCCGAUGCUUCAGGCCUCCUGCUGACGGCCUCAGAGGAUGGCUCUGUGCGGCUCUGGCAGGUACCUGAGGAAGCAGAUGACACGCACAGACGUAAGAGUCCUGUAGCCAUCACUGCUGUGGCCUGGGCCCCAGAUGGCCUUAUGGCAGUGUCUGGGAAUGAAGCCGGGGAACUGACCCUGUGGCAGGCAGCAAAGGCUGUGGCCACUGCACAGGCUCCGGGCCGUGUCAGUGCCCUGAUCUGGUACUCGGCACACACCUUCUUCGUUCUGAGUGCUGAUGAGAAACUCAGCGAGUGGCAAGUGGAACUGCAGACAGGCUCAACACCUAGAAGCUUCAGCCUUCGCCUGAACCGCGUUCUGCAGGAGAACAUGGGGGUCCUGUCAGGGAUGGGCCUAGCCCCUGAUGGUCACUCUCUCAUCCUGGCCAAGGCAAAUUUGGAAUUGCUACUCAUGAUGCCAGGGGAUGAUCCCUCUGAAAUCUGGAGCAGCUAUUCCACAAAUGGUCUUACAAUGAUAUCCACCCACAAGGAGUAUGGUGUGUUUGUCCUGCAAUCGAUGGCCCCUGACAUGUUUUCUUUCUUGAAACAAAAGGAAUCAGGAAAGUUUGGAGAGAGCCUGGACUUCGAUCUAGACUUCGAAAACCCUAGCGGAGCCCCAAUACAGUUGACUCAGGCGAAACCCGAAUCUGAGUCCUCGUUUCUGUGUGCCAGCUCGGAAGGGAUGCUGUGGAGCAUGGCCAAAUGCAGCCCUGAAGGAGAGUGGACCUCGGGUAACAUCUGGGAAGAACCCCACACCCAGAAGCAAGGGACAGACUCGUCUGCAUCCUCGGAGGCCAGUGGCAGCUUGGACUCCUGGCCAAGAAACCCAUGUUUAAGGACACGUCAGCGUAGAAAGAUCCAUUCGGGCUCUGUCACAGCCCUCCAUGUGCUGCCCAACUUGCUGGUGACAGCUUCAAGGGACAGAGAUGUGAAGCUGUGGGAGAGAGCCAGUAUGCAGCUGCUCGGCCUGUUCCACUGUGAAGGAGCGGUGAGCUGCCUGGAACCUUGGCUGGGCCCUAAUUCUACCCUGCAGCUCGCUGUGGGAGAUGCACAGGGCAAUGUGUACUUUCUGUCCUGGGAGUGAUGCUGCAACUUAAACGAUGCCUCGUGUGCUAGAGACACAAAGCCCGAAGACACCUGCUCUUGUUGAAAAUGACCAAAUAAAGUGCCAGGAAAUUUCAA